AUGGCGACUCCUCAUGCUGCACCAGUUCCCUCGCUGCAGCUACCUGGGGUCAGUGCAAAAGGCGGAGAAGCUUCUAGCUCAACUUUAAGGCGACAACGCCCACUGUCCUCAGGAUCCGGAGAAUGGGGGUUCAUCAAGUGUCUAAACUUCUUCUAGGCCGACGAUGAAUUUGGCUUCGGUAAAGUCUUAGACUUAGUCUCUAAUAACUGCUCCAACAGCAGCUGCUCCUGCUGCUCCUGCGCAGACUCCGUCAACCGCACCACCUGGAGCUGUCCCUACCGGACCCCUGGUGUCUUCAGCGGUGCCAAGGAGAGUGCAUUAUGAAGCGAGCUUAUUAGAGGACAUGUUUGCUUGCUGUUUGAAAGAAGCGCCGCCCGUCUUCAACAAGCUUUUUCUGAAUCGCGCACUCUCGGGGAGUCAACUUUUAUGAAGAAACUUGAUCGCGUAUGCGUUUGCGUUUACGAAUUUUACCAGGAGUAGUAGUAAUGUAAGCCUACGGGGUAUUUUUCGAAUUUCCACUACCUCUACGACCACUGUGAUCUACUUGGUCCUAGUCAGAUCUGAUGCAUCUUCUUUGUAAAUAUUCAAACCUCAUAUUGAAGAUUGAGGUUCCCUCGUCGUAUGAGGUAGUAGACACAAAUUUUUGCUACCCAAGAGGUACCAUGACAUGACAACUCUCCGUCAUCCUUCGAGUUGUCCCCAUUCCGCUUUCAUCUCCUCACUCCCUCUUCGCUGACGGGAUAGUUUUGGCUGGCGCGCCUAUCCGCAUAACAGAAGGCGAAGAAGACGCCAUUCGAGCGCGGCUGAAAAGUGACGGAUCCAUUCUACAUGAGCAUAUGGAACUGGAUGUCCCCAGUAGUGAGGAAGAACGGUUGAUGAAUUUAUGA